CAAGUAGCCCAAAGCUAACCCAGCUGAUCGAAGAAGACCCAAUUUUACGAUCAUCGGCGACUCGUAGGCCGCAGCAGACCAAGUCGCCGGAAACGCAGAGAGAACUGAAGGCAGGGCAGACUGCAGAGAGGGGAAGAUGUCGGAGGCACCGCCGAGACGACUGAGGGGUCACAAAGCCACUGCAACGUGCUGCAUCGCCUCGCAUGACCGUCCUGGCCUUGUCGCUACUUCAGGCGAGGAUGGUUGUGUUUGCUGGUUUGACAUGAGAUGCAAAGAUGUCGUAUCCAUUAUGGAAGUUGGAACAGAACCUAUUUCAUCCAUAUGUUUCAAGCCAGGGAAUGAAGAUGUUAUUUACAUCUCCUCCGUGAAGGAAAUUAAGUCAUUUGAUGUCCAUCAGGCCACAUCAUCGAAACCAUUGGGGAGUUAUAGUUACAACAAAGAGGAGAUCAAUCAGGUUUCUUGCAGCCCAAAAUCUUCUUUUCUCGCUGCUGCCGAUGAUGGUGGUGAUGUUAAGAUCAUUGACAUUCACCAGCAAUGCUUAUAUAAAACAUUAAGAUCUGGCCAUUCGAGUAUCUGUAGCAGUGUUCAGUUCCUUCCUUGGAGACCAUGGGAAGUUAUUACGGGAGGUCUUGAUUCAAAGCUCAUUAUUUGGGACUUCUCCAGAGGGCGCCCCAUCAAAGUACUUGAUUUUGGUAGCCCGGACAACAACCCUUCCAGUAACUCUGGACAAUGUUUUAAUCCAGCAUUUAUUCAUGCAAUAGCGGUUCCUGAAGUUAAUAUGCUGGACAAAUUGGGUCAGAUAUGUGUCGUGGCAAGGGGCGACGGUGUCGUGGACAUGAUUGAUAUUGAAUCUGAGAAAUCAAAGGUUUCUACAAAGGGUAAAAGAUUACAAACAAGACCCAAGUCUAAGGGAGUUACUGCAGCUUGUGAUACGGAUAACCAAGAAGAAACUGGAAGAAAGAAUUUACAUUUGGAUUACACUGUUGGUGGACAUUCUGCUGCUGUGUCCUGUGUGACAUUUUCUCAAUUUGGGGAGAAAGGGAAGUUCAUAGUAUCUGGUGGGAAUGAUAAAUGCAUAAAGCUUUGGAAUUGUUCUGGAGUUCCUGAUGCUGGGGAUGCAGGCAGAAACAACAGUCUUCUCCAUUUGAACAUCAAUCUGAGCAAAAAGGUGAAUUGGCUAUGUACCACUCCAUCUGAAACAGAAAACCUAAUCGUUUGUGAUACCAGUAAAGUAGUGAAGGUAUAUACUGUUGCCGGGGGCGUCGCAGUUUCUGAGGCUUGGUUGCUUGUGUUUGUGGAUGGGGUUGGUGCACGAUCGUCUGUUAGUAGCUCAAAGACGUACUCUGCCCAACUAAAUCUUUGCUUACACUUCCCGCAAGAAUUCAAAUCUCUCUGUACACAGCACAGCGCUGCAGCUCAGGCUUUGCUUCUCAUCUCCUCUUCCUCUCUCUAUCUCUCUGCAGAUGGUCACCCAGAAAACCUAGAUUCUGGGGCUGCGGCGAUUAUCUUUCAUUUGGGGUUUGCAGAAUUGCGAGUGAGAACAAAAAUGAUGGUGUCUGAUGUCCCGAUUUGCCACAACUGUGGUGAGCAAGUCGGAGUUGAUGCCAAUGGAGAGGUUUUCGUUGCUUGCCAUGAGUGCCAUUUUCAUAUUUGCAAAGUCUGCGUCCAGUAUGAUAUUAAGGAAGGCCGAAAAGCUUGCUUGCGGUGCGGGGCUCCAUUUGACGAGAACUUACUGAUGGAUGCUGAUACGAAGAUGUCAGGAGAUCGGAACACAAUAGCAUCUCAUCUCAGUCAUUCUCAGGAUGCCGGAGUUCAUGCUAGACAUGUCAGUAGUGUGUCAACAGUGGAUAGUGAAUUAAAUGAUGAAUCUGGGAACCCAAUUUGGAAGAACAGAGUAGAGAGUUGGAAGGAUAAGAAGAACAAAAAGAAAAGGCCUUCCGUGAAGACUGAACAAGAAGCUCAAAUUCCACCUCAACAACAAAUGGAGGAGAAACAGAUUUCAGAGCAGGCUGCAGUUGAACACACAUUUUCUUCAGUUUAUCCAAUUCCAUCGAGCAGAUUAACACCAUACAGAAUAGUGAUAAUCAUGCGAUUGAUCAUUCUAGCUCUUUUCUUUCAAUAUCGAAUAACAAAUCCUGUUGAUAGUGCUUUUGGUCUAUGGCUCACUUCUAUUAUAUGUGAAAUCUGGUUUGCCUUCUCUUGGGUGUUGGAUCAGUUCCCUAAAUGGUAUCCCGUCUGCAGGGACACUUACAUCGACAGAUUAUCGGCCAGGUAUGAAAGAGAGGGAGAGCCUUCUCAGCUUGCUGCUGUGGAUUUUUUUGUGAGUACCGUAGAUCCAUUGAAAGAACCUCCACUAAUCACUGCCAAUACCGUGCUUUCAAUCCUAGCUGUGGACUAUCCUGUCGAUAAAGUCUCCUGCUAUGUGUCUGACGAUGGUGCAGCUAUGCUCACAUUUGAAUCUCUAGUUGAAACAGCCGACUUUGCAAGGAAGUGGGUUCCAUUCUGCAAGAGAUUCUCCAUUGAACCCCGAGCUCCUGAGUUUUACUUUUCACAGAAAAUAGACUAUUUGAAAGAUAAAGUGCAACCUUCUUUUGUCAAGGAACGUAGAGCAAUGAAAAGAGCUUAUGAAGAGUUUAAAGUACGAGUCAAUGCUUUGGUAGCCAAGGCUCAAAAAACACCAGAUGAAGGCUGGUCCAUGCAAGAUGGAACAGCUUGGCCAGGAAAUAAUCCACGUGACCACCCUGGAAUGAUUCAGGUUUUUCUUGGAAAUACUGGCGCCCAUGACAUAGAGGGUAAUGAAAUUCCUCGGCUAGUCUAUGUUUCCAGAGAGAAGAGACCCGGUUACCAACAUCACAAAAAAGCUGGUGCUGAAAAUGCUCUGGUUAGAGUAUCAGCAGUUCUCACAAACGCUCCCUACAUUCUCAACCUUGACUGUGAUCACUAUGUUAACAAUAGCCAAGCUAUACGGGAGGCAAUGUGUUUCUUGAUGGACCCACAAGUAGGUCGAGAUGUAUGCUAUGUUCAGUUUCCUCAGAGGUUUGAUGGCAUUGAUCGAAGUGAUCGAUAUGCUAACCGCAACACAGUUUUCUUUGAUGUCAACAUGAAAGGACUUGAUGGCAUCCAGGGACCAGUUUAUGUAGGUACAGGUUGUGUCUUCAAUAGACAGGCACUUUAUGGCUACGGACCUCCUACUAUGCCUAGCUUAUCUAAGACGUCCUCAUCAUCCUGCUCAUGGUGUGGCUGCUGUUCAUGCUGCUGUCCUUUCAAGAAGGCCUCUAAAGAUCCAACUGAGAUUCAGCGAGAUGCCAAAAGAGAAGAGCUCGAUGCUGCGAUCUUUAACCUCAGGGAAAUAGAUAAUUAUGAUGAGUAUGAGAGGUCAAUGCUGAUUUCUCAAUUGAGCUUUGAGAAAACUUUUGGCUUAUCUUCUGUAUUUAUUGAGUCUACACUAAUGGAAAAUGGAGGAGUUGCAGAAUCUGCAAAUCCAUCGACUUUGAUCAGAGAAGCAAUUCAUGUCAUUGGUUGUGGUUAUGAAGAGAAGACUGCUUGGGGAAAAGAGAUUGGUUGGAUAUAUGGUUCAGUCACUGAGGAUAUCCUAACGGGUUUCAAGAUGCACUGCCGAGGAUGGAGGUCCAUCUACUGCAUGCCCUCAAGGCCAGCAUUCAAAGGAUCAGCGCCAAUUAACCUUUCCGAUCGUCUGCACCAAGUUCUUCGAUGGGCACUUGGAUCUAUUGAGAUUUUUUUCAGUAGACAUUGUCCUUUGUGGUAUGGAUUUGCAGGAGGGCGGCUCAAAUGGCUCCAAAGGAUGGCAUACAUAAACACCAUUGUUUAUCCAUUCACCUCCCUCCCUCUUGUUGCUUACUGUACAUUGCCUGCAAUCUGCCUCCUGACAGGAAAAUUUAUCAUACCAACGCUCUCAAACCUAGCAAGUACCCUUUUUCUGGGUCUCUUCAUGUCCAUCAUUCUCACCAGUGUCCUCGAGCUGCGUUGGAGUGGUGUUAGCAUUGAAGAUCUAUGGCGUAACGAGCAAUUCUGGGUCAUAGGGGGCGUUUCUGCCCAUCUCUUUGCUGUCUUCCAAGGGUUCCUAAAGAUGUUAGCUGGUGUGGACACCAACUUCACAGUUACUGCAAAGGCAGCUGAUGACACCGAGUUUGGAGAGCUUUACAUGGUGAAAUGGACAACACUUUUGAUCCCUCCUACAACCCUCAUUGUCAUCAACAUGGUCGGUGUCGUUGCAGGAUUUUCUGAUGCAUUAAACGGUGGAUAUGAGGCCUGGGGACCUCUUUUUGGCAAGGUAUUCUUUGCCUUUUGGGUGAUUUUCCAUCUCUAUCCAUUCCUCAAAGGUCUCAUGGGUCGCCAAAACCGGACUCCAACCAUUGUUGUUCUGUGGUCCGUGCUGUUGGCCUCAGUUUUCUCACUUGUUUGGGUGAAGAUAAACCCAUUUGUCAACCAAGUUGACGGUACAACCGUUGCACAAAGCUGCAUUGCCAUAGAUUGUUGAGUCGUCACCGACAAUCUUUGAUUGCUUGUCAAAGGCUCUUCGUGAUUGUUUAUAGGAUUGAUUAUCAGUUUCCUUUUGGCAUCGUUUGAGAUGAAAAUAUACAGAUUCAGUUGAAUACGUAUGAAUAUUUUGGUUCUUCUGUUUGUACAAUGUAAAUCAUUGGUGUGAGCAAUAUCAAUAUGAAUACAGAUAGUCAUCACCUUCCUCAAAAUCCACUUUUCCUCA